AUGUUUCCCCUUACUCACGCCGGUUUUGCCCCGGGUUCGGGAAACCCCUACGGGUUCAAGAGCCAGAAUGGGUUGAAGGCUGUCAAGCUCUUCCUUUCGAGGACCAUUGUCAAUGGCAAGCAAAUCGGCAGAGGGUACACCUACGUGAGGCGCAGCACCAACUCUUACAACCCUGCCUUCCAAGACCUUACCAAGGAAGACUUGCGAUGCAAUGUGGGUGCCAAGCCCGGCGACAACGUCAAAACCCUCGAGGUCAACACCGGCGACAGGGUUGGUUUCAAAGUCUUCAACAACGAGCUGAUCGAGCACACCGGCCCAAGUUUCGUGUAUAUGUCCAAGGUGCCCUACGGGGUUGCUGGGGCCUAG